AUGGCGUUAGAGGUAGCAAACCAAAACCGUUACAGAAAGAACUUCUACCUUCGAGAUUCCAUCCACAAGCCUUACAUAAAUCAUACCACCGAGACAGAAAACUUUCUUAGUCCACGCAAAAGAAAAAAAGUUGUACCAACUGCAAAAACUAGAGUCGUCAAAAUGAGCACCGUUAAUCAACAACCAUCCCAAAAUGAAUCUAUGACUACCGCGGCUCAGGAAACAAUCACUCAAGAGCCCGUCCCUACACCAAACAUGAGUACAGAGAUCAGAGGGCGGGGGAGCAAAGGAGAGGGUACUUUGGAAGCAUGUACAGAUGUUUGUUGCUGUGUCGCAUGUUGCCCUUGCCAUGGUCAGCUUGGUGCUGGUAGUGGAAAUGAUUGUGGUGCUAAUUGUGGCGGUUGUGAUUGUUAG